AAACUUGUGAAACAAUUAAUUGCGCGUAACGAAUGUGUGUAAUUAUUAUAAGCACGACAAACCGCAUGGUUAUGGAUCACGAUCCUCUUCCCCCUUUGUGAUUCCUCCCGAAUAUCCCCUCCCUCAUCCCCCUCUCUUGAGUUGACUCGCCUACCUCCUCUUAUGAAUAAAAUUAUAAAUCCCCGAGCUUUUUUGUCGGGCAGAAUGGCUCGCGGUGUGAUCCUCGCCCUCCUCCUCGUCGCCCUCGCUAAUACGGAGCGCGUCUUAGCUCAGCAGGAAUAUUCGGCAACGUCUUCGCUCGGGGAUGAAGAUUACACGGACAACGCCAUAGACCUCGUGCCAACCUCGACCUCAUCCCUCGAGGAUUUUUUACUCACGAUCCGGAACCCUUUUCGGAUUUUCAACCGCCCCGAGGACCAGCUUGAUCGUAAUACCGAACGUUUCUUCCUCGGUUUGCCGUCGGGAAUACGUGAAGUAUUUUUUGCAGGUCGUGCCAUCGCUCAAAACGGAUUUGGCCAAGUCAUGAAUCAAUACGGGAAACGCAUUCAAGCGAUUUUUCCUGGAACUCGUUGGUGUGGCAGCGGAGACGUGGCUCGCAGUCCAAACGACAUCGGGAUCUUCAGCCUGACCGAUGCCUGCUGCAGGACUCACGAUGCUUGUCCGGAAUAUAUUCUCGCAGGGGGUAGCAGCAGGGGGUUGAAAAACAACGGAGUAUUUGCCAGAUCCCAUUGUUCGUGCGACGAAAUAUUUCACCAGUGUUUGCGAAACACCCGCACGCUGAUAGCGAAGAAAAUCGGUAUCACUUACUUCGACGUCCUUCAACCUCAGUGUUUCAAACUGGAAUAUCCGAUCAAGCGGUGUCUCCGGUACAUGAGUUUUCCGGGGACGAAGAGAUGCGUUCUGUACGAAUUCGACACUUCUGGCAACAAGACGUGGCAAUGGUUUGACAACGCCCAUUUUCUGGGAGCCUUUUAAUCGAAGACUUAAUUACAAAUAUGUGUCUCUUGAGGAAUUCAAAUUUUUUUUAAAACUAAAUUCUGACUCAGACUGAAUGGGCGAUUUUAUUUAUUGCUCGUCGUUUAAUGGCGUGAGGAUUUAUUAGCUGCGUAAAGAUCACACAUUUGUGCUGAAAUUUAUUAAACAUUAUAAGAUACUCAAUUUUCUUCAUGAAUUUAUUAAUUUAUAUUAACCGCUAGUCUUUCGUUCGAAAAUAAUACUCAUUUAUUUUAACUUGCCGAUUACCGC